AUGCAUCGUCUAGAUCUUGAUGUUUCACAAAAUCCUUCAAAUCGAUCAAAGCAUAUUUUUAAAUAUAUAAUCAUUAUUCUUUCCAUUGUAUUAGGAUUAUCAUGUCUUGCUGGAUUUAUUGUAACAUCUAUUAAGUGGAAUUUAUCUUCUAAUCUAGUCAAUGAAUGCAAAAAUGAUACACAACCAAUUGUUCUUUGUUAUAUACGUUCGAUUAUUAAUAAUACUCUUUUAACACAAUGGGAUCGUUAUAUAUUGAUAUCACUUUUAUUUACUUAUGCAAACGUUUUUUUUCAUAUUAUUAUUGAAUCAACUCGAACAAAUGUUUCUGGUCUUCUUGGACAAAUGAUAAUUCAAACAAUAUUUCUUAUUAUUGGUAUUGGAGUUUGUUUUCCGAUAUUAUUUAUUCCAUCAUAUGUUCAUUUUUAUAAAUCAGAAAAUAAGUUAAACAAAUCGCCUGUACCACUUCAUAUUCUAUAUACUGGACUUAUUUAUAUAAUUUUAAUAAUUAUAACUCCAACAUAUUUAGUAUACUUUCUCUCAUCACAUAAAGUGAUUGUUUCUAUAAUGUCAAUUAUUCUUCUUAUAUCUCCACUUGGUUUUGCUCUUAUAUCAUUACCGGUUCGUUUAUUUUCGGAAUCUAUUCAACGUUGUUGGAUUAUUAAUAGUCAUCGACUUAUUGUUUAUUCCCAAAUAAUUCUAUUUAUUUUAUCAGCUCCACUCUUUUUUAUAACGUUUGUUUCUCUUAUCAUGCAUUGGUCGAAUGACCUCAUUAAAAAAAGUUAUGUGACUGAAAUAUCUAAUAUGAUCAAUCCAAUUACAGUUAUUUGGUCUAUUGAUUAUGUAUCAUUAUUUAUUGGUCUUAUUUUAUUUAUUAUUACAAAUGAAUACUUAUCUAUUGGUAAUGCUUAUCGAAUCCGAUCAUCAAAAAUCAAACGAUUAAUUGCUUAUUUUAUAUUUACUCUUAUAUUUAUUAUUUCGCCAUGUUUAGCAUUUCCAUUAUAUAUUGCUUGGAAAGAAUAUCAAUUUGUUGAACUAAUUUAA